UGCUACAGUACUAGUACACUGUAACCGUGCUCUAAACUCAUGGAGGAAGGAAAAAAACCUCCAUGUCUAAACUCUACCAAUAUAUCUCCACUCUACCCAUAGUAGCAGUCACAUGGUUGCAGACUGCAGAGAGCUUUUGGUGGGCGUACGCGCAUGGUACGCAUACGCGCCGAUAUUUGGAAAUUCGUUUUCAACGCGCAACAACGUUCUUGCUAUGCGAACGUCACGUCAACGCUGGGCCUGCCGAAAAAGCGGUCGCGGCACUUUUGAAGGUGUGUCGUGUCGCGCACUGUGAACAACUUGUUCGCGAGGUGUCCCUGUCCGAUGGUUUGGUGUCGGCUCCCUCAUCGUACGACUACAGUGCACUGUAGUACGACGCCAGUCGCCGUGGCCAGCACGACCAACAUCAUGCUGCUGGCUAGCACAUUCCUGGUGACCCUGCUGGGUUUCUGCACUGCCCAAGGGAUGGUGUCGGUGACUUACCAGGGAGACAGCUUAGUGGCCGAGGUAGCCAGUGUGCCAACAGGUUCAUCACUGCAGCUGGUGCUGCUUCGUCCUGGUGCCAUUGGCUGUGCGGACAGUGAGGCAGCGACUGUCGUGGAAGUGGAGCCAAUCAUGGCUGAGAAUAUGAGGAUGUCCUUUCCAGCUGAUGGGCUACAGCCUGGCAGUUACUGUGCUCUGGUGCUGUCACCCAGUGGGAAUUUCACGUCGCAGUGGCCAGCUAAAGUCAAGAAACAACACUCUGAUGACAGAGGCAGCAGCAUUGGAGACAGCAGGCCAUCCUGCAGCAUGUGGAAUGCCACCGUGAUUGUUCAAGGCUCUUAUGCACAGAGCACCAUUCAGGCAUCCGUGAACAUGUUUGAGAACAAGACACCCCAGUGCGGGCAGCUGCGUGUCGGUCUCUGGGAAGCGUCGGGCAAUGUGCCGGACCAGUCCACUCCCUGCCUCACCGGAAUCAUAUUUGCAGGCGAAGAGACAAAGACCAUAGCCAACCUCUCUGUGGUGGUGCUGUUUGAAAACUUGACCGCCGGGAACUACUGUGUUCGGGUGACCCCCGUGUGCCAUCCGUCUGAGGACUGCCUCACUCUCACUUCCAAAGUCAUCGAGCUGCCCUCUGCUCCAGCAGUGGAGUCCAGGUCCCAGAUGGCCAAAGCAGCUGCGCAGAGUCGUCUGCUGUGGCUGCUUCUGGUCCCACUUCUGCUCGGUGCAGCUGGAGCCAUUGCACUGGCCGCCUUCUGGAUGCGGCGUCAAUCCUGGAUGGCACGCAACAAGCCUUUCAUCCUGGGCUCACCCCUGCCUGUGUUCCGGAAGCCUCAGAUGAACCCGGGACCUCCUGUGGUGAAAGUGGUGUACUCGCGUGACAGCGAGCCCCACGUGGCAGUGGUGUCCCAGCUGUGUGAACUGCUCCGGAGAGAGCUGGGCGUGAGGGUCGAGUGGGACGAGGCGGCCGUGGGUCAGGCGCACGUCACGCACGACUGGGCUAUGGCCAUGGCACAGCUGCCGUGUCCCCACUUCAACCCUGCUGCCAUGGUGACCACAACUGCCCCCGUGAAGAUGCUGGUGCUCGAAUCGGAUGGCGCACUGCUCAAGCACCAGGCCUACCGACAGCACAAGGACUUGGGCCAGGUGAGUGAGAGCAACAUUGACGAGCUGUACCACACAACGUAUGCGGCACUGCUUUCGAACCACGCGCAAGCACUCGGCGACUACUGCCACAUCGUGGUGGCUCGCCUGCCAUACACUACGCUGCCCGAUCGUCUCGACCUGGUGCCCGAGAAACGGUACCUGCUGCCACAACACCUGCAGCCGCUGCUGGAGGCCCUGCUGCACGGGACGACGCUGCCAGAGAGUCGCGCUGACGUGGCACUUCACUCGGAGGCAUGCAGCCGCUUCAGCAGUGCUCUGGCCAAUGCCGGCAACACCCACGAGGAGAAAGGGUUCGCGAAGGACAGUGUCUGUGGGAAACUGCGAGCCAUGCUUGCCCAGACGUGACUGCAUCGUUGCUCCGGUGGAACUCGGCUUGAAGCGUGUGCCAACGUGACACUUCUCUAGAAUGUGUGAAGUCAUUUGUACAGUGCCUGUGGUGGUCAGAGUAUGAAGGAAAGGCUUUGCGUUGGACAGAGUACACAGAAAACUGAAACUGUUCUUCAAAGUUCGUGAUGGGCGGAGGCCGGACGACACAGUGCUUGGGCUUGGCUCCGUUCUGGCAUGCACGGCGUGAACUGUUGAUGGGUUUCCUUCAAAAUACCGUUUUCUUUUAGUUUCCUCUAAAUGGCUCUUUUACCUAAAGGCAGAAAGGUCUGUAGAGAAACUCCUCGUGGACCAUUUUCCAGGCGCUAUCGGAAAGUGCAUACGAAAUGUGCUGCUUAAAGAGUGGCUCUUCAGGGAGCCUGGAAACACUUUUUGAACGUAGUAAGAAAACGUUGCCAAUCUGUCGUUGCCGAUCUUUCACAUGUGAGCCAAAUAUUACUGCGCUGCAUGCAACAAGGAAUUUACAGUCUCGUGUCAAGAACGGCGAAAAAUUGCUUGUUCUCGCUUCCGCAAUGCCGCCAUGCAGUGUCAUUGAAAGCACCUGGCCCACCAACACCAGUGAUGGAAGUGCUUCUCCAAUUGCUCCAAAUUUCUCCAAAAGAUAAAUGCUGCUACGUGCUGCUCCAAACUGUAAUUUUUGUUACUAACUGCUCUGAACCUGCUUUGAAACGGCGAUGCGAAAUUGAAGACGAGCAACUUUAACCGUGUGACCAACCGGUGAGCCCUAAAGAAACCAAAAACAAGCUGUAUACUAUCAUUUUCAAAAACGCAGUGAAGCCAAUCGUAGCAUCGGCUGCAGUCGGGCCCACUGAGGCAUCUUUCAUGACGCACGUGGAUGAUGGUCUCCGUGGUGCCUAUGGCACCCAUUUCUGCCACAUGUACUGGUAUUUUAACCCUUUGCAGUCCGUUGUCGGGCAGGGCUCGACAAUGCAAUACAGCCGUAGCGGUCCGCUGUCGGGCACCGACAAGGGUGUUCGGGGGUUAAAUUUCGUGGUUUUUCUCACUGUGAUUCGUGCGCAUUCUUUGUAUACAUGAUGUGCCAUCUCUUGAGGAAUAAAUAAACUUUGUUUGGUUAAGUUUACUUCUUUUUGCACUAGGGUGCAGCGCAAUGUUCAGGACGGUUUCUGGAUACCAGAGCGUUCUCACUUGCAUGCGGAACCACACGUUCGCGCGGUUCGCUGAGAAGCAUGACCACUUUUUCACCACGUGUGUUUUACGGUCGUGCAUUUAGUAAAAACUUCUAGAGGUUUCCAUUGUGAAUAGCUUUAUUUUGAGGCGCACACAGCUGCAGAAUCAUGGUGAUAAAGAACAGCGACACCUGCAGUACCACCGUAACUUCAUCCAACAGCUGGUAGGUGAGGUAAGGGCUAGAGCCGAAAAGCGGGGCCCCUUUGUGCGGAAGGAGUGCGAGGAAAGGCUAGAUGGGAGGAGCCAUUUCAUCUGCAAGCUCCCAGGUCGAAGCAGCAAGGACUGUGCUGUUUGUAGCGAUCGAAAAACAAACGGAGGCAGGAGGGAAACAGUUUUUUUCUACAAAACCUGCAGUAACAACCCUGGCCUGCACCCAGGAAAAUGUUUCGAGCGGUAUCACACGCUGCUCAAAUAUCAGUAGAGGAGAGAGGGGUUGCCUGCAGAAUGGAAAAUAAAAAAUAAAAGUCCUGUGAGUUUUUCUUCCACAUUUUGUGGUUUUCUUCGCGGUGCCACAAACUGGCAAAAUAGUUUCGGACCAUGACAGCCAGAAAGUGGGUAAAAGUUUCGAACUGCAACGGUUAAAUAUAUAGCUUAUUUUACGGCUCGUUCGAUAAACAUUUAUCUUCUUAAUUGUUUGUUUCUUGCAAUUUGUGUUGAAUAUUGUAUGUGCAAAGUGUUUCAUAAUAAAUAUUAAUAGUUAUGAG